AUGAACUUUUUCAUUUUACUGUUGACAGUGCUGCCUGCCUUGUUGGCGGUCGUUUUAGCAAUUCUACCUGGCAGCAUCCUCUCCUUAUUCAUCCAGCCCAAGAUUGAAGGAUUCUUCUGCGGAGAUGAAUCAAUCCGUCUUCCGCAGAAACCUGACAGCUUCACUAACCGCAUGCUCGCCAUGUUCGUCUUCCUUCCUUUCUUCACUGUGGCAAUAUUUUGUGAAGCCAUCCAAGGAUAUCUGUCUUACAAAGAUCACAAACAACAGCUCGUGAUAAAUCACAGGCACCUUCAAAGUGACUCCAACAAAUCUGACUUGAAAGCAGCGCAGAAACGUUACAUCGUGUCGACGUUACAAACGUUCGGCCACCUGACGUUCUGCUACAUCUACGGCCACUGCUUCAUCUUCUCGUUAGUUUUCAUCACCAAGUUCACCGUCGGCCGCCCCCGCCCUUCCUUCAUCGACGUCUGCAAGCCCAUCUAUCUCAGUCGGAACUUCACGUGUGAUGGAACUGUUGCUACAAAACAUAUCUACGUCGACAACUAUGAAUGCGAGAGUGAGGACUCAAGGACCAUGACGAUUAUUGAUGCCAGGCGAGAAAUCAAGACAUCCUUCCCAUCAGGACAUGCUGCUCUGGCCAUAUACUCUGCUGUCUUUAUUGCCAUAUACUUGCAGAACUUGAAAAACUGCAACAAGUUUGUUAGACUGGCGAGAAUAGUCACGCAAUCUUACAUCCUACUGGUGGCAUUCUACGCUGCUGUCUCGCGCGUUUCUGACCACCGUCACCAUGCGACAGAUGUUCUUGGAGGGCUCGCCAUUGGUGUGACAGUAGGGCUUCUCAUGAUGAUUCAUUUGAAAAAUAAAUCAGCAGUUGCUAACCGAGCCAUAACUUGCUAUAACGGUAGUGGCCAUGUAAAUGAAUUUGAACAAAAGACAUAAGUUUAUUUUAGUUGUUCAUUAUAAAAAUUUCAUUUUCAUACAAAAGUUUUACUUUGUUUUUUUUAUGUAUUUUUAUAUUUAAAACGCCUUAAUGAAUAGAAAAUGUUGACACCAUUCAUGAGCAAAUAUUUAUUUUUUUACUUCGAUAUAUAUUAAAUUCACCAGUAAUUUAGCUAGUUAGGUAAUUUAGACGUGUAAUAUUCUACUUGCCUACAUAAAUUUUCAUGCUUCAAACAUUACAGUGGUUUUUGGUAUCGUCAAGUGAAUAAAUAUUAACGAGCAGAUUGUCUGUGGUAUUUUUUUUUACAAAUCUUAGACUUGAAACCGUAGGGUAUGUAUUCUAAUGUUUUAAAAAUAUAGGUAAAUAUACGAUUUAAUGCAGCUAACUAAUAUGAUUUAAUAUAAUAUUACAUCAUUUAAUUACGUAUUUAUAGUUAAAUAGUAAAUGCGGCUUAUAAAAUCAAACGGUUUGCUCUCACCGAUGUUUGUUCAUGAAUAAAAAUUAAAAAAAUAAUGACAAUAAAUAUAAAAAUUUGGUUCAUUGAGCUUAAAAUGUUAAUCAUCAUCACAAAUAAGUACUGAUAUGAUUGAUUCCUUAAUUUUAAACACUAUCCCUGAAAUAUAAAAUUAUAUAUUUUUAAAACCAUAAUUAAUAUACUUUGUUAUAAUAUAACAAAUAUUUGUUUUUAUGACACAUUCAACAAUAAAUUAAAUGAAGCAACUUUCAUAAAGAUUAUACAGAGGUAGGCUAGAUGAAAGAUUGAACUUUAAAGCGUGCAUGAAUUAUUUUCCCUUGAAGGCACUGAACAGUUGGCCACUCGUAUAGCCUCUGUUGCCUGCCUCGAUGAGCUUCUUCAAUGUUAUCCUCACAAUCUCCUCCUUGCCAUCAGAUAUGCUGCCAUUCAUCAUGAUGAACGCUAAGACAAGAUCAUUUAUUGACUUCAAAUCGUAGCAAUAUUCAAAGCUGUAAACUUUAUCAAUGAUGUAUCCAAGCUUAAUUAUUCCCUGCUUGAGUACGUGGGACUCCACUUGAAGUUUUCCGCCUGCCUCUCGGUAGAUGUCGUUCAAGAAGCAGGUUGCAGCGCCUGUUGGCGAACGUUGGUGAGCAUGCGCACGUUUUGUGUGGUUAACAGAUUUAUUUAGAUUUUCAAAAAUUGUUAAAAUGUGUUUCAAUGAGUGAUUGAUUUGAGAUGAAAAGAGAUUUUUUUAAUCAAACUUUAACGUUCUGUACAUAUCUUGAGAAUAUUUUCACAAGAGUUUAGUGUUGAAUAUGGAUGCAAACACCAAUAUUGUGGGAAGAUAUUAAUUACGUAGGCCUACUAUUUAUACUAAAGGAAUUGUCUUGAAUGUUUUCUGUUCUUUUCAUUUCAACAAAUAAAAAUAGUGCGUCUCCAUAAUAGAUGCUUUUACUUAUUUAUCUUUCAAA